AUGAUCGCCAUUGCCCAGUCAUCGUUUGGCUGCUCCCAGGGUGACGCCCAAUGCUAUUGCUCCAACGCCGACUUUGGCUACGGCGUCCGCGACUGCGCCAGGGAGGCAUGCGGCAAUGACGACACUGCCAACCAAGUCAUCACGUACGGAGCCGCCUACUGCUCAGCUAUCGUGGCUUCAGCCACCGGUUCGGCAGCUUCCUCGGUCGCUACGGGCGCUCUUGGUGUCCUGUCUUCCGCUGCUGCGUCGGCUACUGGUGCCGUCAGUAGUGCUGCGGCAUCCGUCACCGACUCUGCCGCCAGCGAUGUGAGCUCGGCUACCGGUGCUGCUGGAAGCGCCGCCUCCAGCGCCGCAAGCACCCUCGCUACCAUCACCAGCUCCAUCGCUUCCGAGGUCUCGAGCGCCAUCUCUUCCGUCGAGUCUAGCGCCGCGUCCAAGGCUUCUUCCGUUGCCUCUGACCUCUCUUCCGCCCUCUCCUCCGCCGCCUCAGAUGCCUCCAGCGCUGCUUCGAGCGCCGCCAGCGAUGCCGAGAGCGCUACCAGCUCUGCCGGUGAGGCUGCAUCAUCCGCUGCCUCAUCUGCCACCGAAGCUCCGGGUGCUGCUCCCAAGAUGACCGGCCUGCCCAUUGCCGGUGCCGCUGGUCUCGCUGCCUGGUUGUUGCUAUAA